AAAAAACACAACUGAACCUGCUUUCUAGUUUCACUUCAGUGACUUCACAAUUUACAGUUCACGAAUCCGCCAAAUUUAGGAGCAUAUUCCAGCUUCACACCUUUGCAAAAGAGACCCUUUUGCUUCUUUUCAGAGAAAAUGGGCUUACUCUGCAGCAGAAAUCAUCGUUAUAAUGAUGCUGAUGCUGAAGAAAAUGCACAGGCUGCAGAAAUUGAAAGAAGAAUAGAGUUAGAAACAAAGGCUGAAAAGCAUAUUCAGAAACUUCUACUACUAGGUGCUGGAGAGUCAGGGAAGUCUACAAUCUUUAAGCAGAUAAAACUUUUGUUUCAAACUGGCUUUGACGAGGCUGAGCUAAAAAGUUACAUACCAGUCAUUCACGCUAACGUGUAUCAGACAAUAAAAGUACUGCAUGAUGGGUCAAAGGAGUUGGCUCAGAAUGAUCUUGAUUCUUCAAAGUAUGUUAUAUCCAAUGAAAACAAGAAUAUUGGUGAAAAACUUGCAGAAAUUGGAGGCAGGCUGGAUUACCCACAUCUCACCAAUGAGCUCGCACAGGAAAUAGAGACUCUGUGGGAGGAUGCUGCAAUCCAGGAAACAUAUGCCCGUGGUAAUGAACUCCAAGUUCCAGAUUGUGCCCAUUAUUUCAUGGAAAAUUUGCAGAGGCUGUCUGAUGCGAAUUAUGUUCCAACAAAGGAGGAUGUUUUGUAUACAAGAGUUCGCACAACUGGCGUUGUGGAGAUCCAGUUCAGCCCUGUUGGAGAAAAUAAGCGAAGUGGCGAAGUCUAUAGACUCUUUGAUGUUGGUGGCCAGAGAAAUGAGAGAAGAAAAUGGAUCCAUCUUUUUGAAGGAGUUACAGCUGUAAUAUUCUGUGCUGCAAUUAGCGAGUAUGAUCAAACGCUUUUUGAGGAUGAAAACAAGAACAGAAUGAUGGAAACUAAGGAGCUUUUUGAGUGGGUCCUGAAGCAACCAUGUUUUGAGAAAACAUCCUUCAUGUUAUUUUUAAACAAGUUUGACAUAUUUGAGAAGAAGAUCCUGAGAGUCCCACUCAAUGUAUGUGAGUGGUUUAAAGAUUACCAACCAGUUUCAACAGGGAAACAAGAGAUUGAGCAUGCAUACGAGUUCGUGAAGAAAAAGUUUGAGGAAUUAUAUUUCCAGAGCACUGCUCCUGACCGUGUUGAUCGUGUCUUCAAGGUGUAUCGAACCACUGCCCUUGAUCAGAAGCUUGUGAAGAAGACUUUCAAGCUUGUUGACGAGACCUUGAGGAGGAGGAAUCUCUUUGAAGCUGGCUUAUUAUGACCACUCAGCAGUAUAUUUAAUAGGGAUAAAAUAUUUUUUUACAUUGAACUGGUUAUCAGAUUUUGGGUAUAUUAGAGGUCAGGUAUACACAACAUUAUAAAAUCGAUUUUGUUGAUUUUAUGUCAAGUAAAUCCUGUUGAAUGGGUGGAUAGGGAAAGGCUUUUCCAAAUAUUUGAUAACCACAUCCGUCUUUAGAGGGCAAAUUUAUUUGUGCUGAAGU